UCUAGUACCGCGGCCGCGCCCACCGGUCCUGGCCUUCCGUUUUCCUCGGUGCCAUGGUGCCGCCGCUGUGCACGAUGCCGCCGCUGUGCACGCUGCCGCCGGGCCCCGGGCCCCCGAACUUCGUGUGCUACUGCGAGGGGGAGGAAAGUGGGGACGGAGGCCGCGGCGGCUUCAACCUCUAUGUGACUGACGCCGCGGAGCUUUGGAGCACCUGCUUCACGCCGGACAGCCUGGCCACCCUCAAAGCCCGUUUUGGCCUGAGUGCAGCUGAGGACAUCACCGUUCGGUUCAGGUACCAGGCCCCGAGGCAGCCUCCAGGUUGCAAGCCCUUACCCUGGGCCUCGCAGAGCGUGUGUGCAGCUUGGAGCAGCGUCUGGCAGGUAGAGUGGGGGUGCCACGUGAACCCCCACCAGGUCCUCCUGCCCUACUUGUACUCAUGCUUCUCCUUUCUUCCCCAGCUGUGGAGGAUACAGCUGCCAGCCCCAGGAAGAGCCCCUGGCCAGGGGGGCCUCAGCUCUUUUUACCAGACCCAGAUCCUCAGAGAGGUGGCCCCGGACCUGGGGUCAGGAGACGAUGUCCCGGAGAGUCCCUCAUCAACCCCGGCUUCAAGAGGUAGCCACACCCCCAGUCCUCCAUCCUGUACCCGGGUUCUGGCCCUAGACCGCUGCCCCACCCUCCACACUGCACAGGUCACACUCUUUUCUCUCCUAGCAAGAAACCAGCUGCUGGUGUUGACUUUGAUGACCCCUGAAGGUGCAAAAAGUAUGACCCUGCCAAGAGUCUCUGAGGGGAGGGACAGCCCCUGGGAUCCCACAACCUCCACCUGCCCAUCCUCCCUCUGGGGGGAAGCAAACCCACUCCUCGGGCCCCUUUCCCGUAAAAUAAAUGGUUUUCUUAGCAGAGGUCAUAGCUAGGCUCUGGCUCCUGGGAGCUGGUUGGGAGAAAG